GGUAGUGAAACAAUUUCAAAGUAAUAACGUCAAUUCAUUCAUCAAAUUGUUAUGUUGUGUUAUCAAAAAUAAAAUUGAAAUAGUUUUUCAUUUGAAUCAUUUGUCAUUGAAUAAUAAUAUUCUGGUGCUUUUGGAGUGAACAAAUAAAAAAUGGCUCAAAUAAAAUCAUGUUACCGGAUUAGCAUUGCGCUUGUGAUUGGUUUUUUAAUGAAUACAGCACAAACAGUACCCUUGCAAAGUGGACUUGACAAAAAAUCAGCAUUAGACUUGAUCAUUUUACAUAAUAACGAUAUGCACGCUCACUUCGAACAAACCGAUCAGCAUUCUUCAUUGUGUGAUUCAAAAGAAAUGGAUCAAAACAAAUGCUAUGGUGGCAUGGCACGUAUUUCAUACGUUGUGAAAGACUAUCGUAAAAAGGCGGAUGAAGAUGGACCGGCUGUGUUAUUUUUGAAUGCUGGCGAUACUUACUCUGGAACACCGUGGUUCACGAUUUUCACUGAUCAAAUUGUAUCGGAUUUUAUGAAUAUUCUAAAACCUGAUGCCAGCACAUUGGGCAAUCACGAAUUGGAUUUGGGUGUGCGUGGCUUGGUGCCAUUCUUAAAUAAUGUCACAUUUCCAGUAUUAGCGGCAAAUAUAAAAAAUUCAGCCGAUCAUAUUGUGUGGCAAACUGCCGCACUGAAAAGGUCAGUGGUUUUUGUUAUCAACGAAUUCAAAGUGGGUGUCAUCGGUUAUCUUACACCAGAAGUUAAAUUUCUUGCCACUAAAAAUGAUUUGGAAUUCAUUUCAGAAAUUGAGGCAAUCAAUGAUGAAGCCGAAGCAUUAAAAAAUACCGGUGUCAAAAUCAUCAUUGCGUUAGGUCAUUCUGGUUAUAAGGUUGAUCAAGAUAUAGCGAAAAAUUGUCCGCUCGUCGACGUCGUUGUGGGUGCUCAUUCGCAUACAUUUUUGUAUAGCGGCAAACAGCCGGACAUCGAAGAAAUUGUUGGCCCCUAUCCAACGGUGAUCAAACAAAGCAGCGGUAAAAGGGUGCCAGUGGUUCAAGCCUAUGCCUACACUAAGUACCUUGGUAAAUUGGAAUUAAGUUUUGAUGCCGACGGAAAUGUAAUUAAUUGGGCUGGUGCUCCAAUUCUAUUGAAUGCAUCGAUAAAACAAGAUCCAGAAACAUUGGCAUUGUUGGAAAAAUAUCGACCGAAAGUGGUGGAUCUAACGACAACGGUAAUCGGCAAUACAAAGGUCCAUUUGAACGGCGAUUCAUGUCGCAAAACUGAAUGUAAUUUCGGCAAUAUGGUAGCUGAUGCACUCAUUCAUGCCAGAGUUAAACAGCACGAAGGUGAAUAUUGGACGGAUGCUGCAGUAUGUUUUAUACAUUCCGGUGCCAUACGUACGUCUAUAAAACGUGGCAAAAUUACAAAAUUUGAUUUAAUAACAACUGUUCCAUUUGAACAUUCAAUGCUACUGAUGAGUAUUACCGGUGCCGGUAUUUUGCAAGUACUUGAACAUUCAGUGGAACAAUACAACGGUAAUCGAGGUAGAUUCCUACAAAUGUCAGGCGUUCGUGUUAUCUACGAUAUGAAAAAUAAAGAAGGUGAUCGAGUUAAGUCGGUAGAAAUUUUGUGCGCCGAUUGUGAACAUCCUCACUAUUCGAAACUUGAUUUCAGAAAAGUGUAUGGCGUCAUUUUACCUCAAUUCUUGUACGAUAGCGGCGACGAUUAUUCUAUGUUGAAAGAUUUUAAAGUACAAAGCUUGAAUAUUACCGAAACUGAAGCUGUCCGACGUUACGUUGAAGAGUAUCGAACGGUUUAUCCGGUGGUUGAAAACCGCACCACAAUGCUCAAUUUACCCGCAUUUGGAACAGAUUCUGGUGUUAAAUCCUUAGGCGAGAUUCGUGAUUGAUAGUUUAUAGAUGGCUGUGUCUCAAUUGGAAUAUUACUUUUCCGCACACAUCUAGUGUGUAAGGGGAAAGUAUUUUGUAGUUUAGUGCGUAAUUUUCAUUUAAAUAGUUUUUCUCAGCGAUAAAUGUGAGGAGAAGUGUUCUGAGGCCUCAAUGCUCCUCCAGCUCUUUAAACGACCUCAAAUGGCUCGUAUUUGGAAAUUAUGUUUGAAAAGUGAUCUUUGACUCAAGUUGCUUCAAAAUUCACUAGUAAUAAGUUUAUGGUCGACAAUAACAAUAAUAAUUUAUUUGAAACCAAAAUGAAUUUUUCAUGGAAUCUCCAAAACGAUUCUAUUUUAUUUUCUCAAAAAAAGUUCUCCAUUUUGAAGAGUCAAAAUGCGAGCCUUAAUCCUCUGCACCUCCAACUAGUUAGGUAAACUAAAUUUGGUUCAUAUGAAUGGGUCAAAAUACAAAUUCGACUUGUACGCAGAGUCUAUAACGUUGAAGCGAAUAUUAGACAAUUACAACAUUAAUAACAUUAAUUGAUUGUUUAUUGUGAAUAGCGCUGCAAUAUAAGAGAAAUUGAUACUGUGAUGCUGACCGCCCUGGUGCAAACGAACAAACAUUAUCUUGGAAGCUUUGCGGGAAUAACUAAUUUCAUAUUUAAAAUAUGAUAUUUUUCAAUCUUUUGUAUGCGUCAUUGAUUGUAUCAUGGGUUUUACCCUACAGACAUAGAUUAUGGAAUAAAAACUCGAAAACAUGUUUUCAACGAGAGUCAAGCGCAAUAAGGGCACACUAUAUAAACGCCAUCUAUUAAUAACC